GGAUCUACUCCAACAUGCUGGGCUUCCUGGGUGGAGUGUCUUGGGCCAUGCUGGUGGCCAGGACCUGCCAGCUCUACCCCAACGCCGUGGCCGCCACGCUGGUCCACAAGUUCUUCCUGGUGUUUUCCAAAUGGGAGUGGCCGAAUCCUGUGCUCUUGAAACAGCCCGAGGACAGUAAUCUGAAUUUACCUGUGUGGGAUCCCAGAGUAAACCCAUCCGACAGAUACCACCUGAUGCCCAUCAUCACCCCCGCCUACCCCCAGCAGAACUCCACGUACAACGUCUCCACGUCAACGCGCACCAUCAUGAGCGAGGAGUUCAAAUACGGCCUCAGCGUCACAGAUGAGAUUCUUCAGGGAAAGACAGAAUGGUCCAAACUCUUUGAGCCGCCCAACUUUUUCCAAAAGUACAAGCAUUACAUCGUUCUGACCGCCAGCGCUUCCACAGAAGAAAACCACUUAGAAUGGAUCGGCCUGGUGGAGUCAAAGAUCCGCGUUCUGGUGGGAAACCUGGAGAGGAAUGAGUACAUCACCCUGGCUCACGUCAACCCACAGUCCUUCCCCGGGUCCAAAGAGAACCGCAACGAGAACGACUUUGUGUGCAUGUGGUUCAUUGGGAUCAUCUUCAAGAAAGUGGAGAACGCGGAGAGUGUGAACAUUGACCUGACGUACGACAUCCAGUCCUUCACAGACACUGUGUACAGACAAGCCAACAACAUCAACAUGCUGAAGGACGGGAUGAAGAUCGAAGCGACACACGUGAAGAAGAAACAGCUCCAUCAGUACCUUCCUCCUGAGCUGGUGCAGAAGAAGAAGAGGAGCAUAGCGGAGUUGAACCGCAGCUCCAACGGGGGGAGCUCCAAGCGGCUCUCUCUGGACAGCAGUCACCUGGACAGCUCCAGAGACACGGACUCAGGGACUCCCUUUACCUCCCCAUCCAGCAAACCCACUAAGCCCGCGUCCGACACAGAGGACAGCAUCAGCCCUCCCAAGCAGAUUUUUACAGAGGGCUCCCCAGCAGCCAGCGCUACAGCAGCUACAGCAGCUACAGCAGCUACAGACCAGGGCAUGUCCAUCCCUGUCAUUGGCUCCAAUCCUGAAGAGCCCGUGGUCAAAGCCAAACCCGCCUCCCCGCCGGCCAGCAGCUCCGUCGCCAUGGGGCCGGCCGGCGACGCGCAGCCCAACGCCGCCUGCAGCCCCCGAGAGGAGCCCAACGGCCUGGAGGACCCGGUCAACGGCGCUCCUGCCAAGAGACCGCACUCGCCCACACAGGAGGACCUGGCCAAGAGGCACAAAGAGACGGAGGUGGUGUCAAAUGAUGACUCUGCAUUUAAAGAGCCAUUUCCACCGUCCUCUGACUCCUGCACACAUGGAGAAGAACCCAGUGCUACCCCACUGCCUGGAUCAAAGGCUAAGCCCAUUCCAACCAUCGAUACCUCAAGAACACAGAGACUUCCCAGCAUGGAGCUGCCAGACGCCUCCUCGCCUCUACCGGCCAGCAACAGCUGCCGCGUCGUGAAGAAUUCCAUUAAACUGGCCCUCAACCGCCACAACAUCACACCUCCCAAGCCCCCAGUGUUUGAGGGCACCGUCACCACCGACGCUCCUCCUGCCAGCGAAGAGAAGGGCAUGUCCAUCCCAGUCAUCGGCUCAAAACACGUGGCCUCCAAACAGGCGGCGCCCCCCGUCGGCAGCUCCAUCCCCACGUUGGUGAGCCGAGGGGCCGACCCGCUGAACGGAGCGACUGCCAAGAGAGCCCACUCCCCCUCUCUGGAGGAGCAGGCCAAAAGGCUGAAAGAAACAGAAAAGGCCAGAAUCCACAUAGCUUGAACACACAAACACAGACUCUGAUUUAUACAUGCGUAGAGUUGGGGGCUUCACAGUAACGUCAAAAACACCAGAGGAGACGACUUUGGGGCGGGGGGGUGGGGUGGGUGUUUCAGGUCGGUCUGUCUCAAGUGUGAAGCAGCAGGAUGGAUAACCUCACCCUCAAAUCUUUAGAGUACAGAUUUGCCAGUGGAUAGGUGAUGUUGUGAGGCGCUCUCUGUCACACUCGCAGCCAGAGGGCUUUGAACACAACAGUCACGGAGAUAUCCGACACCAGAACUAAUCGUUAUUUUUUUUUUACUCUUCUUCUCCCUCGGUGUUUAAAAGUGUACACAGUGCAGAUGGAAAAGGAGCUGUUCUGUUCUUUUCUUACCCCCAAAGUUAACAUGUUUUAAAACAGCCCAGAACAUUUAUCGACCCGCUUGCUACACAUACCUCUGUUGUACGCUGAUUUCUUUUUCUUCUCCCAAAUAGAAACCUGUACAGUAAAUGUUGAUGUACAUAACUUUUUUGUCUUAAAAAGAAGCAAAAGAUCACUGUAAAUCUUUUGACCAUUCUAUUGUAGUUUUAUCUAAAAAGGAAAAAAAAAAAAGUUUAAAAAAAUGUAAUUUUUUUUUGUUUUUGUUUUUCUCUCAUGCUUGUCCAAAAAAGGAAAAAAAGUUUCCAGCCCUGGAUAUUUUUUUGUAAAACACUGUAUAGGUUUGGAUACAGUUCGAAAGGAGGCUUUAUUGAGGGGGUUCGCUCGGAUGGACGGAAACCACAACCACGACUCUUUGGACCACCACGACCACCCAAAGUGGACUCCAGGUUGGUAUCGCACUUUGCGGUGCAUCGGUGAUCUGACACCAGUGCUUCUCAGGUACCGGUAAAAAGAUCACCCUUUACGGUAACGCUGAAGCUGUACGGUCACUGCAGGGAUUAGCACGGAACACAAAGUGGACCCUAUCGGUAACGGCCACGCUAAUCCCUUCUGUUCAGCGUGGCGUCGCUGUCACGAGUGUCCCGCCUACUUUAUGUCUCGGAUUAAAAGAAACGGUUGAGUUUUGCCGCUUGCUUUUCCUGGUGUGGUCGAGGCUCUCGAUGUCACGGUGGCGAGCGAGCGCCGGAUAGUUUAGACGGCUACAGCAAGAAAAUGUUCCGAUAUAAGUUGUGUACGUACCUGUGAUUGUGCGAUGCCUAAAGUGAAUUCUCUGGUUCAUUCGGAGGGCUAAACAAAAUAAAAUCUUUUGUUCUAGAUAC